UUAAUUUUUAGCAAAAUAAUCUAUACCAAACCGAACCUAAGUGCCGAAGAACUAAAACCAUCGUCGUUCUCGGUGGGACUCGACUCUGACUCACAGAGACAAAACCCUCAAUUCUCUCUCUCUCUCUCUCUCUCUCACUCACUCACACAGUCAGACACAAAAGGGUUCCUCAAAAAACCACUUUGAAAACAGAAUCGAACCUCAAAAAAAAAAAAAGAAACCCUUUUUCUCUCUCCUUAUCUCAGAACAACAACAACAUUAAAAAAAAAAAAUCGAAAAUCAUGAUAACUACUCCGUUUCUAACCGCCUCAACAGCCCCGCCGCUGCCACGUCAGCUACUCAGACCACCCAGAUUUCACACCCUUACCCUUACCCGUGCCCGCACCCGUUUGGCGUUUGGGCCCGACCCGAGGAGACGCUUUGCAAGCAUUUCUGCUUCAGCUUCAAGAAGUAGUAGCAAUAAAGAGACAACUUCAAUUGGUGUCAAUCCACAACUCUCAGUGCCACCACCUCCACCACCCUCAUAUAUAGGGUCACCUCUGUUUUGGAUUGGAGUUGGUGUUGGGCUCUCAGCACUAUUUUCAUGGGUGGCUACAAAUUUAAAGAAAUAUGCAAUGCAACAAGCUUUCAAGACGUUGAUGGGACAGAUGAAUACUCAAAAUAACCAAUUCAACAAUGCAGCCUUUCCUUCUGGAUCCCCUUUUCCAUUUCCUAUGCCUUCGGCACCAGCGCCUUCCACUUCACCUGCUCCAGCAGCUUCUCAACCUGUAGUUACAGUAGAUGUGCCUGCAACAAAUGUACAAGCAGCUCCAGCAACUGUUCUCAAUCAUGAAGAAGAAGUAAAACAGGAACCGAAGAAAGUUGGUACUUUUGUAGAUGUUUCUCCGGAAGAGGCUGAGCAAAAGAGUCCUUAUGAAAGCUUUAAUGAUGUGACUGGAACAAGUUCAUCCAAGGAUGCUCAGACUGGUGGGGUGUUUUCUCAAAAUGGAGCUGCUUCUAAGGGCGUUGGUGGCACUGAAUGGUCCCAAUCUAACGCUGCUGGUUCUGGAUGGUCCCAAUCUACCCGUAACUCCACUGGUUCUGAGGGAUCCCAAUCUACCCCAAAACCUGGCUUAUCAGUGGAAGCUUUGGAGAAAAUGAUGGAAGAUCCAACAGUGCAGAAGAUGGUUUAUCCCCAUUUGCCUGAGGAGAUGAGGAACCCUGAUACCUUCAAAUGGAUGCUUCAAAAUCCACAAUAUCGUCAACAGCUUGAGGAGAUGCUAAAUAAUAUGAGUGGAAGCAGCGACUGGGACAACCGUGUGAUGGAUUCUUUGAAAAGUUUUGACCUUAACAGUCCAGAAGUUAAGCAGCAGUUUGAUCAAAUUGGGCUCACACCUGAAGAAGCUAUUUCAAGAAUUAUGGCCAAUCCUGAAGUUGCCAUGGCAUUUCAAAACCCUAGAGUUCAAGCUGCCAUCAUGGAUUGUUCACAGAACCCACUGAGCAUUGCAAAAUAUCAAAAUGACAAGGAGGUUAUGGAUGUUUUCAAUAAAUUAUCAGAACUCUUCCCUGGAGUGACAGGUCCACCUUGAUUUUCUUUCAUCCAUAGUUGCCAAUUGCUGGAGUGAAAAUGCUCAUUUGUUAAAAGAAAAUCCAAUGUUCAAUUGCUCGUCGCUACAUGUCGAGACUGUUUUUGCCGUAUCCUGUUGUAAAUUUUUGGCUGCUAGUUCUCAAUGACUUGAGUUCAGCUAAGAGUUCUCUCACCUUAUAUCAUAUGGUUAAGAAUAUGUAGUAGUUUGCUGAACAAGUUUUCGUAAUGGCUUUUUUGAUGUUUUACUUUUUGUGAUUUGUAGUUAAAUAGUUAAUUUCUCACUUUUUUGUACUCUCUGGAAUUAGUUUCGCUUCAUAGCUAUAUACCUCUUGAUUGUAUCCUUGCAAUAAUACUCCACUUGGGAUC